UGAGGCCAGGGAUCGAACCCGUGUCCUCAUGGAUAUUGGUUGGGUUCAUUACCGCUGAGCCACAACGGGAACUCCCAGCUCAUUUGACAGUUAGAAAGACUGAUGCACGUGGAGUGUAGAGGCACACAGUAUGAACUGGAUGAAUUAGAUCACAGUCACGUCAUGGGGAGAAAGCACUGGAUUUGGGUAUUUAUCUUAAGAUUAAGCUACGGAAGAGAUUUUACUAAGAGAUACCUUGAUUUGGUUGAGUUAAGUAUCCCUGUCUACUGUGGGGAAGGGGAGAGAUGUGGAAAUCAGAAUGGACAGCUUAAUUAGGUGAUGGUAUUUAAUAAUCUAGACUGGUGGCCCCUGGAGUUUUUAUCUUAUUUCCUAAUGCAUGUGUGUUUGUAGUUAUCUAUAUGUCUGGUGUUGCCAUAUUGCAUACAUUCUGAAACAUGGAAGAAUACAAGUGUAAAAAGGAUAAAUGAGAAAAAAAGUCACAGAAGUAGAAGUACCACUGUUUAAUUUCCCAUCUUAAGUGUAUGUGUAGCGUUCUAGGGCACACGAGUCCCGCUUUGAAAACCAAGACAUCGUGGAUCUAAGCAAGAGAUCAACUAUGGAGUUAGUUUGGAGAGAGAGGUGAGGAGAUCGCAUGUACAGACCUUGGAAAUGGGUUAAAUAGUAAUAGAAAGAAGAGACGAGAAGGGCCCUAGAUUAGUUUUGCAUAACCGAAUGGGUAACAGCACUGGUUAGAGAGGUAACAGAUACUCCAGUAGUAAGCUCAUCCUGUUUUGUUACUGUGCAUUCUACCUGCAGUGGUGUUUUUUCUGAGCAUAUACUUAAUGGUGCCGUAGCAAUGCACGAGGCUGUUGGCGGGGUGGAGAUGGAGAUGAUAAGGUGAUUUGAUGGACAAGACUGGAUCAAGACUCAGGAGGAAGGAGUAGAGACGUGAAUGUGAGACAAGGUUGCUUCUUGCCUUUAGAAGUGUUAGCAUAAAGGAUACGGCAAAAUGGGAAAGCUGCAGACCCCUCCACUUCUGGUUGACUCGUGUAGUUUUGUCAGCUGGAAGCAGUCACUCAUGCCACCUCUAAAAAUAAAUGGCUUAGGAGUUUCCAUUGUGGCUCAGUGGAAACCAACUCAUCUAGUGUCCAUGAGAACUUGGGUUUGAUCCCAGGCCCCUCGUGGUGGGUUAAGGAUCCGUGUUACCGUGAGCUGUGGUGUAGGUCGAAGAGGCGGCUGGGAUUUGGUGUGGCUGUGACUGUGACAUAGGCCAGCAGCAGCCGCAUCUCCGAUUUGACCUCCAGCCCGGGAACUUCCGUAUGUCGCAGGUGUGGCCUUUAAUAAAAAAAAAGAAAGAAGAAAAACAAAUGGCUUACAAAACAGAUGCUGUACUGACACUGUUGCCAGUCAGGCCUAAUAAAUUAUCAGCCAUUUGUCAGCUGUUAGCAGUCAUUUUCAUGCUCACUUAGGAGGGAAUAAAAUGCAUUUGAAGCCCUAAGUUGGAGGAGAAUGAAUGAAGAGAGGCUGGGGAACCCAGUCAUACAAACAGUUUUGCCUAAGAUUCAGUAAUGGACAAAAUGCAUUUUUGUAUGAUGGUUUUUUUUUUUUUUUCCAUGUGUGGCUAUAGAUGCAUGAUGCUUCAUUUCCCUAGAUAUAUAAAGAUUUUUCCUUUAUUAAAAACGGUAAUUUUAAAACAAUUUGAAAUUCUUUUGAAAAUGUUUUAAAGAGCCAUUUUAAAAAUACCAUCACUGAAUAAAACUUACUGUCUGUACCUGUCAUGUCUUUUAGCCCAGUGCCCUGCAAAUAUGGUGCCCUUUUUUCCUCCUGGUUUUAUUGAGGUAUAAUUGACAGAUAAAAUUGUAAGAUAUUUAAAGUGUACGUCACGAUGAUUUGAUAAACGUACACAUCAUGAAAGGGUUUCUUCCAUCUGAUGAACACAUCCAUUACACAUUUAUCUUUUUUGGUUGGUUGGUUUUGGUAAGAACAUUUAAGUUCUACUCUCUUAGCAAACUUCAGUUAUACAGUGCAGUGUCAUCAGUUAUGUUUUACAUUAAAUACUCCAUCUUUAUCAUCUUAAAGUUGAAAAUGGGUAUCCUUUUACCAGCCUAUUUCACCUACCCCUCUAGCUGCUUGCAUCCCCCUUUUCUACUUUGAGUUUCUAUGAGUUUGGCAUUUUUAGAUUCCACAUUCAGGUGACUGCAUGCAGCCUUCGUCUUUUCUCGGUCCGGCUUCCUCCAUUUAGCAUGAUGCCCUCAAGGUCCAUCCAUAGUAUUGCUUAUAGCAGGAUUUCCUUUUUCCUGUGGUUGAGUAAUAUCUUUAUCCAUCUAUCCGUUGGCUCUCGUGACCAAUGCUGCACUGAGCAUGGGAGCACGGGUGUAUCUUUGAUAUCCUGUUUUCAUUUCCCUUGGGUAUACACCCAGACGUGGGAUUGCUGGGUCGUACGGUGGUUCUCUUUUUUAAUUUUUUGAGGAAUCUCUGUGUUGUUUUCCAUGGUGGCUGUACCCAUUUAUUCCCGUGGUACCUGUUUUGAACAACCAUACUGCUGCUGUGUCUUCCUUCAUUCUGGUCUAGAUACUUUAGAACAGACACAGCCGCUUUCAUUCUCUCUGAAAAAAUGUCUACAGUAGAACCUGGCCAUCGUGGAGGCGAUGCCUGAGGGCCCGAGUGGUGUGGUCCAAAGUAGCACCGCUAAUUUGGGUGCCCAUGCUGUGCCCACUCCACACACCAGCUUUCCAGAGAGGACAGAUCCGAUGAAACCAGAUCUGCAUUUAAGCAAACUGCAUUUACUCAGGAAAAAUGCUGAGAUAAGUUGUAUCCUUGUUACCAAUUGCCUUGGGAGUAACUGCCCGAUAGUGGCAACCUCUAGUGUUGAAAGUCGGAGCAUCGGGUCGGCUGUAGUCGUUACAUACAGCAGUAAAGUUCAGUAGUGCUGACAGAGGUCAGCUUGUCAUUUUCCUUUGCUGGUGUCUCACCCAGGGGUUCUGUUUCCCUGCUUGUAUGAGACACCUAACCAUGUUGGUUAAAAGGCAGGGGGAAGCCUGAGGGACAGUUGGUUUACAAACUACAUUAGGAAUAAAUGAACAGCACGGCAAGACCACUUUAUGUCCGAGUAACUCGUAAAGGUGGCCGUUUUUCUCUUCUAGAAGUCUAAGAUAGGUAUUAAAGUUUCCUUUUUUGAUAUACCUUAACCUCCUCAGUUCAUGCUUUCCUUUAGGGCCGCGUCCUUAUUUCUCUCACCCUAAGGCUAUUUUAGUGUGCAAACUUAAAGCACCCUUUUUCUCCCCCCUGAAUUUACACAAUCUGAACCCUGAACAUUCUUUUCCCAUAUGCCACCCUCCUCCCUUGACUGAGUGAGGAAAGAGUUAAGGGCAUCAGUGUUAAGCCGGAAGUGCUCUUAUCCUUAUGCAUAUGAUGGAAUGAAUAAUUUAGUAUCUUCGGGAAAUGCAAACUGCAGUAGAAUUCAAGCAACCUUAGGUCAGUAUUUUACACGAUGGUAUGAAGUUAAAGUCAGUAGAAAGAAGAUGUUUUAAAGAUACCAAGUGCAAAAAUGUUGCAUAAUAGUUUAAAUUGUGACAAGAUUGAGAGUUUCUGGCUGAAAAUGCUUUGUUUUCUGCGGUAAUAAUGUUUUACCUGCAUUCUGACAAAUGUCGGAUGACUUUUGGCCAAAAUGAUUGGUAAUGGAACGUGGCAGUUUCUUUGCUGUCAGAGAGGAGAUAAUUUCUCAGGUUUUUCUUCCCAGAGCAAGGUUACUGCUACGCAGGAGAGCACUAAUUUGCGAUGUAUUUUCUGUGUGUUCUAUUUAGGGCCGACAUUGCCUAGGCAGAAUUCACAACUACCCGCCCAAGUUCAGAAUGGCCCAUCACAAGAAGAAUUGGAAAUUCAGAGAAGGCAACUACAAGAACAGCAACGACAAAAGGAGCUGGAGCGGGAAAGGCUGGAGAGAGAAAGAAUGGAGAGGGAGAGGUUGGAGAGGGAGAGGCUAGAAAGGGAGAGGCUGGAGAGGGAGCGCCUGGAGCAGGAGCAGCUGGAGAGAGAGAGGCAGGAAAGGGAACGGCAGGAGCGGCAGGAGCGCCUGGAACGGGAAAGACAAGAGCGGGAGAGGCUGGAGAGACUGGAGAGACUGGACCGGGAGAGGCAAGAGAGAGAGCGGCAGGAGCAGCUGGAAAGGGAGCAGCUGGAAUGGGAGCGAGAGCGACGAGUGUCAAGUGCCGCUCCAUCCUCCGACAGCUCCCUGUAUAAUGCUCCACUUCCUGAGUAUGCCAGUUGCCAGCCUCCUUCGGCACCUCCUCCAUCAUAUGCUAAAGUCAUCUCAGCUCCAGUGUCAGAUGCCAGUCCUGAUUACGCUGUAGUGACCGCAUUGCCACCUACUUCCACACCCCCUACACCACCACUUCGUCACUCCGCGACACGUUUCGCAACCUCUUUAGGCUCAGCCUUCCACCCCGUGCUUCCCCACUACGCUACCGUCCCUCGUCCUCUGAACAAAGGCUCUCGGCCUUCCUCUCCCGUGAACACACCCUCUCCUCAGCCUCCAGCUGCGAAGCCCUGUGCCUGGGCUGCCUCCAAUUUUUCGCCCCUCCCUCCGUCUCCUCCAGUCAUGAUUAGCAGCCCCCCAGGCAAAGCCGCUGGCCCAAGGCCCGUCCUCCCCGUUUGUGUCUCUUCUCCUGGGCCCCAGAUGCCUCCAUCACCCACAGCGCCCAGUGGGCUGCUGGACUCUGUCCCAUGCCCGGUGUCUCCGCCGCCUACCUCAGGGCCAGCGCCACCGCCGCCGCCGCCACCACCACCACCACCGCCACCGCCACCGCCUCCGCCUCCACUGCCUUCCCUCGUACCACUCUCACACUGUGGAUCUCAAGCCUCUCCUCCUCCGAGCACCCCUCUUGCCUCAACUCCCUCAUCCAAGCCUAGUGUUCUCCCUUCUCCCUCUGCAGCUGCCCCUGCCUCUGUGGAGACUCCUCUAAACUCUGUGCUGGGAGACUCCUCUGCUUCUGAGCCAGGCUUGCAGGCAGCCUCUCAGCCGGCCGAGACUCCAGCCCAACAGGGCAUUGUCUUGGGACCACCUGCACCUCCACCCCCUCCUCCACUCCCACCAGGUCCUGCGCAGGCUUCGGCCAUCCUUCCUCCACCCCCAGGACCCCCUCCACCCCCGCCACUUCCAUCCUCAGGGCCCCCGCCCCCACCUCCUCCACCUCCUCUUCCUAAUCAAGCACCCCCGCCCCCGCCCCCACCCCCUGCUCCGCCCCUCCCCGCCUCUGGAUUUUUUUCGGGAUCCAUGUCUGAAGACAAUCGCCCUUUGACUGGACUUGCAGCUGCAAUUGCUGGAGCGAAACUUAGGAAAGUGUCACGGAUGGAGGAUGGCUCUUUCCCAAGCGGUGUGAAUGCGGCCUCAUCUAAAACAGACACAGGCCGAGGAAACGGGCCCCUUCCCUUAGGGGGCAGCGGUUUAAUGGAAGAAAUGAGUGCCCUGCUGGCCAGGAGGAGAAGAAUUGCUGAAAAGGGAUCAACAAUAGAAACAGAACAAAAAGAGGACAAAAAUGAAGAUUCAGAGCCUCAGACUUCUAAGGCCUCUUCAACAAGUACACCUGAACCGACAAGAAAACCCUGGGAAAGAACAAAUACAAUGAAUGGCAGCAAGUCACCUGUUAUUUCCAGACGGGAUUCUUCAAGGAAAAAUCAGAUUGUUUUUGACAACAGGUCCUAUGAUUCAUUACACAGACCAAAAUCCGCACCUUCGUCACAGCCCAGUGCCAAUGGAGUCCAGACAGAGGGACUAGACUAUGACAGGCUGAAGCAGGAUAUUUUAGAUGAAAUGAGAAAAGAAUUAACAAAGCUAAAAGAAGAGCUCAUUGAUGCAAUCAGGCAGGAACUGAGCAAGUCAAAUACCGCAUAGAGAAGCAAACUAAGGAGAGACAGGACUUGAAUCUGGAGAAAGAAAAAAACAACAUCUACAAAGAACAACUGUUACCAAGAAAACCCCUACAUUUCGUGAGCUGAAAGAAGAAAGUGGAGACAAACAGUCGCGAGGAGGGAAAGACAACAUAUGCUUGGAAAGCCUUCAGACAGUACUACUCUGGCCGUAAGCUCCUUCCCUCCCCAUGUGCUGCUGUUUUCUGAUGUUUGUGAGAGGACAGAAGAGAGUCGUGUUAAGAGUUCCUGUAACAGUUACGCAGAAAAUACUGACCCCGUCAGGCAAGAAAUAUUUUCCCGUCUCAAGAUACAAUCACACAUUUUCCACAAUCCAUUGCUCAAAUAAAGAGGAGAAAGGCUUGAGAAGUUUUUCCAGAGAAUGCUGAUGAAGAAUUGAGCAAGUUAUGCUAUUGUAUUGUAAAUGUUUCUCUCAGGUUUGUCUUCCUAUCAUAUUUGAUAUUCCAUAAAUAAUUGCGAUCGGUCCUAUGUAGGUUAAGAUCAUAGAAUGUGGAACAAAUGGAAUUGUACGCUUUCAGAGGGUGAUGUUUUUAAGAAAGUGCCCUAAACAUGACUUGUCCAGCUUGAGGAAUUUUAGAAAUGAUAGGAAGUCUCUCGAGUUAGCCUUCAUGCAAUUUUGUAGAUUCAAACAUAAAAUUCGUCCAGAAUUUAAAGAUUUAGAUGCCUUCCUAAAUUGUUACAAUGCUUUACCAAAUCUAUGACUCCUACAUAACACAAACCAGUGGUCAAAUGUACAACGAUAUAUUGUAGAUUUACUGUAGGUUUUCAACCUUUUUUAGAUUUAUGCAUGUGGACAUUUUUAUAAUGUAAUUACAACCACCACAAAAUUAGCUUUUCUAAUUGCAGACAGUAAUGCAUGUCAAGCGAAUAUGUAGUGGCUUUUUCAAGGCCUAAUCCCAGGGAGAACAUUUUGUAGAGUAUAGGGGAGUGGGAGGAUGGGAAGGAAUAAUUUUUUAUUUAAAGUUCAUUUCUGCACUACCUUUUCUCAGUUAUCUGCAUGAAUGAUAAUGAGGCAUAUUUUGUGGCUUUAGUUGGUAAAUACGUUAACAGAGCCAAGUACUUGAUCUUUUACAUCAUGUCUUCAGCUGUUUGUAUUUUAACUUCAGUGAUUUCAAUGGUCUCAAACACGAUUCUGAGCUUCACAUGAAUUACAUCUCACUGUGGAACUCACAAGUUCGAUCCCUGAAUUCGGCAGUUAUUAUUGCCGAGGUGCCCUGCAGGUACACAGGUGUUAAGGCACACGAUCCUGACUGCAAAGCUGCUUUUGAAUUUUGUUAUGUUGAAAUACUAGAAAAGUGACAGUGAUGGCAGCAGUUAUGGUCACAGAAAUCAUUAAGUCAAGGGAAAACAGUGAGGGGGUCCCGCAUAAUUAUCUUUUAAUAAAGUGAACUUAGGUAGUGGGAAGAAGGAACUAGAUACUACUUACCACCGUGUGUGCGUGUGUGUGUGUGUGUGUGUGCGCGCGCGCGCGUGCAUAUUUGUAUGAGCAUGCACGUGUGUGUGUGUGUGUGUGUGUGUGUAUCCACUCCCUGUUCUUUGAAACUCUUAAGAUUAAAAUAGGGGAGAAAUCCUGUGUGUUGCAAUGAUAGAAUUUUGUUGAAACUUCAAGAAAUCAAAAAUUCUCCAGGCUCUCCGUCUUGAUUUAUGCUUGCGUUGUUAUGUGCCAUAUUUGCUUUGAAAUUUUUGAUUAUCAGAAGUUUUACUAAAAAUUUGAAGAAAUAAUCCAUUUUCAUCUGCUUUCUAGAUUUCUUAAUCGAAGUUCCUAAGGCAGAGCUUGUUGAUAGCAUAGUUUUCUCAAUGCUGUGACUUUGCAGCCGUUACCACUUCAGAGGGGUUUGAAUGAGGGAAUUGUGUUUCUUUGUUAAAAUAGUUCCUGUUUCUGUAGAAACUUCAUUUUGAGGUUAAUCUGUGAUGGAUGAGCUAUCAUAAUUCAAGUAUACAGUUCUUUUUUUCUAUCAACUAUUUGUUGUCAUGCAAUAGUAAAGGCAUUAAAGAUGCAGCAAGCUUAUGAAGUACUAUUUUCUAGAAGAAAUAGGAGGCAUUUUCAUCUUUAUUACUGUACGUUUGGUUAUGCAGACACUUCGAUGUUAUAAACAUUUAUGUCCCCCAUAAAUUUGGUCAGAAAUCAUUUUUGAUUGUGUUACGUUAAACAGUCUACAGUGGGAUAGAGUACUGGGUACCAGUGGUCCAAAGUGAGAUAAAAGACUACAAUAAAAAUGCUCGAUCUUACAAAAGAAACAGGUUUAUGCACUAAACGUUCUGUGCCUUGGUCUAACAGUAACACGAUGUCUGUAAAAUGACAGUAAGUACAGGUGUCGAAUCACGUUUUCUCCCCCUACACUCUGCAUUAUCCCAGACUGCUAAAUGUGUUCUUUCCAAGAAGUUUGAUGAUUGAAUUACUGUAUAUAUUUACUGUCCUGUGCGACAGUUUUGCUAUUGUUAGAGAUUUCAGUAAUUAAAGUGAGAAACAGAAGCUUAAGUUAUUUUCCUUAUCAAAAUUCUGUUCCUUGGAAUCCUGAUUAUGACGGUUUUCGUGCUCUUGUGCAUCGGAUGUCUUAAGCUGAGUGCAGUUUAGGGGAUCCUUUCUAAUUACGGGAAGGCACUUCUUUCCUUCAACACUGUGAUCUGACCUGUGACACAUCUGUACUAUACACUCUGUAAAUGGCUAACAAGUCAAUUGCAAACCAACUGAAUGUACAAAUCUUAGUGCUGGUGCUGAAAUCUCUUCAGAAUAGUCAUCACGAUCUCAAAGUUUGUUUCGAAAUUUGCAAGCAUCAAGUGUCAGUCAAAACUGAAGAUGAAACGCUCAUGAACGUUGACUCCUCGUGCUCUAGGCGUACUUCCGUUUCAGAUUUGCUGGUUCUCUGCUAUUCUUACCGUACUGUUUUCAUUUAAAUUUCUUACACGCUAACGUCGUUUGUGCGACUGAAAUAAAACUGCAGUAUAUAUAUGUUGCUGGUUUGUGACACUUAGCUAACCUUCUGACCUAAUCUGUUGGUUCUAAAAUAAGUUGUAUGGAAUGUGAAAAACACGUUUUAAAGUCCAUGACUUCACUGCUUAAAGUUUACAUAUCACAACACUGUUCUUUAAAGAUUUCAUAGGCAUAAAUACUAAGUAAUGUAUACAAAGGGAAUAUGUGAUAAUGUAUCUACCUUUUCCUUGAAAUAACUGUUGGGUGUUCCCCAUGUGUUCUCAUUUUCUCUGGGCUCAGCUUGGUACAGUGUCUUACUCUAACAAAGGAUUGAUAAAUGUUUAAGUUUAUUCCAUUUUGUUCUACAACACAGACUUGUAAACUCAUUUGUGUGGUUACCAUUCUCCUUGAUAUAGUUUGCAGCCUAAGGGACAUUGUACGGUCAAGGGCCUUAUUGAGUGCUGAAUUUUAAAUCUAGCGAAAUCUGUAUCUGUAGUGUAUAUUUAUACGGUGUGCUGAUUUCUUGAAACCCACGUAUAAGCAGCAGUACUUUUUAUCUGACUCUAUAGAAGUCUUAAUUUUGAGUUUCAUCUUACAUGUUCAUGUCUUCGUUAGACAUACAACGGUCCUUGUCUUUUUUCUUCCACCGCUCCCCAGCCUUCCCCUGCCUCAUCCUCUCCACUUGUCGCGGACGCUGUGUUGCUGCCACUCGCUGACAUAUGCAGCCCUUACCCAGCCGUUACCCAGCCCGCUGGGGUGAACAUGCUAACUGAUGCCCUUCUCUCCUUCCCGUCUCAAGUUCUUGCUGCCCUCCACGUAUAGAUAGGAGGGUUUGUCUACAAACUAAAAGUCACUUCCUGUUCAAAAACAAAUUCAGUAACACAUGGUAACCUUUCGGAUUUGCCUCGCUCCAACUUGGCCUCCCAAACUUGUAUGUACUUUCAGGGCCGUUGCGAAGACUUGGCCUUUAAAUCCUAAGGAGUGGAUCCUUUGAAGCACAGUUUCCAGAGGUACGCUACAGGAUCUCUGUGAUUCCUUUUCGGAGCCGUCAUAACUUUAUACCCCUGUUACCCUUUAAAUUCUCUCGAUUGUAAGCAUAAAAAGGACCUCCUCGUAUAUAAAGCGUGUGUGAAGGAACUCUGGGAGCUCUUAAUUCCCUCGCAAAGCUGUUAUGUAAUCCAUUUUCCUGGAGACAUUUACUGCAGCAUUCGUGUUAGAACUCCAGACCUGUUCCUGGUAGUACCGUUUUUGUUUUGAGUAGAAAGUUGGAUUCCUAUCUGUACGUCUCCUCAAAUCCCAAGAGUGUAUUGAAAUUACUGAUGCUUAAUACCUCUGACUUUUCACGGAAAAGCCAUUUAAUAUUUAGACUUAGAUGCUUCUGAAGAAUGUAACCUUUGAAUAGAAUUGUCCCAGGUACCUUUGGCUACAAAAGGACACAGUGGAGAACAUUUAUUGUUUAAGAGUAGUUUUCUCUUAAAAUAAGCACAUUUGGCCAAGCAGCUAAAGUGGGGAACCCCUCAAAAUAGGACAUUUAUAUGAGCCACGUACUGGUGGGGGACUGAAUGCAAAUGUUCCCUGUUCCAAACACCCAAAUAAGCUUAGUGUGGUUUAGGUUUGUUCCCUUUAUGUUGUCUCUAGAUCAUUUUUUUUUAAAGUCUAAAAUUGAUGAGAAAAGAAUAUUAAUAAGGUAAAUAUAGGAUGGUUAACGAUAGGCAGCAUCAACUUAGAUAGAGGUCUAGGCUCUAUGCCUUGGUUUAUAUACCAGGGGUCAAUUUUCAGUUACUAUGGAUGUUGUCUGUUGGCAUAAGCUGUGUAAACUGAGGCAUGAGUAGCAUUUAAGGCUACAUGUAGUAGCCUUAAUUUGCUGAUUAGUUUAACAUAGAGAACAAAUAAAGCUGAAAUGUCAAUGAAGUGUUCCGCCAGAAGAACAGUCCCUGAGCUGUAUCCCACUUCUGGAAGCCUGUUGUCUGCUAAACGGAGAGAAACUGCGCAGAGAGCAGAGCCCCUGGCAGCUUCUGAUGUGGGACCCUGGGAUUCCUAGAGAGGAAGUGGGGGCCAUGGCCCCGGGGCAGCCGAGGGUACAGCGGGCACAUGCACCGCUGUACCCUCAGAGAAUUUCCCUUUCACCUCACUUGUUAAAGGCAUGCCGCUCCUGGCAGUUAGAAAACUAAAGUACACCAGUGAACACUAAAUUCAGCCUCUUCUCAGCUGUGCUCUAGGAGAAUACAGCUUUCCAUUUUAAUAAAAAGUAUUAGAAAUGGUUAUUUCAUUGGAGGACUAAGUUUGCAUUUGUUCCAUACGUUAAAAAUCUGUAUGCAAGUCACAGCCUCAUAGUCUGUCAUGUUUAAAUUUGAUUUGAAUAACUUUUUUCCCCUUGGGUUCCAAGAGGAUUUCUUUAGUAAUAGAUAAUAGUUUUGUUUUGCUUCGUUUUUUUAAUAAAGAAGAAAUCGCUAAUUUAGGCAGCGAAUGAUGUUAUGUGGGUAUGUUUAGUGUUCUUUCAGCAUUUACAAAAACCUUUAUUAUGGGACACUUUACAAACACACGGAAAAAUAGAGAUUAUUACAGUGGCUGCCCCAGAGAGUCCCACUCAGACUCAGCAAUGACCAAUUAAUUUAUGACCAGCCCACUUCAUCUACACCUCCCCACUUCGGCUAGAAUAUUUUGAAUCAGAUCCAAGGGAGGUGUUUUUAGAGUUACUUUGAUUUGAGUGGUUGAGGAUUCAGAAGACAACAAAAGGCUCCCUUUUCAGAAGGUAUAUUCGAUUUUUAGUAAGCGGUGCUUCUUCCAAGAAGACUUAGGACAUAUUAAAUAGCAUGCAGUUGGUCUUUGGGUUAUACACUUCAAAAAUUUAUGUUGCAAGAAAUUUACAUUGGGGAAUGUUUAGUUCUCAAACAGGUUCCAACGUUUCCAUUCAAAUCUGUAGAAACAGAAGGUAGGGUCUUGGCUUACACUUUACAACAUAAGCUAUUUUAACCAUACAAAAGGCUUGUGUCACAGGAGGCUUUUUAAGAUGUGGUUCAUAAAGCUUGUGAUGUUUCAUAGUUAUGUCUGUGGAACCUCAGUCUGAGUCCCUUCUUUAAAGGCAUUUUUCUAUUUGUUUCAUUAAAGUUUGAGGUGAGAAGUACCAAUUGGGGGGUUUUAUUGUCAGUAACCAGGUAGAACUUGGGUGUAAGCUUGGUCUGUUCUGCCUGCUGUGACAUUAGGUGUCAAUUUUUUUUUUUAAAGAGCCACAUCUGAGGCACAUGGAGGUUCCCAGGACAGGGGUCAACAUUAGGUGUUUAAAAUGUUUCGGGGUUUCCCUGGACACACGUAAGUCAGGUGUAUCUAUCCUUGGUGGUAGACUGAGUGCUGCCAUCGCGAGCCCCUCUGACUGCCAAUGCUGCCAGGCCACCCAGUGCCCCUGGUACCAGGGGUCAGGCACCUGAAAGCAGGGCUGAUGAAUUUAUAUAGACCUAAGUUCUGGACCCCACAGUGUUGGUGGAAGGCACUGACUUUAUCCCUGAAGUUUUUGGGGAGAAUCACUUCCCCGUGAGAAAAGUAUUGGGAGGGUUUAGAUAUUCAGAAGCACAUAGUAAAAUCUGGCCUCACUGUCUUUUUCUACCUAUUCAUUACCUAGGGCCAGGGGUUUCAGGUCUGAGCUAGGAGUUUAGAAUUUGUUUUCCUCAUCAUAGCUAUCUCAUUGUCACAGGUUUCAGUUGCUAAAGUUGAAUUUUAGGGGAUGGUAUUUGAUCCUCACAUGUCUGAAAGUAAUAAACACUGUUCAGAGAUUCUGAAUCCAUUUUGCCCCACCCCGUUCCUAGAUGAGCUUUGCCGGCUCAUGCCUCCCUUUGUGGGCAGUGGGCUGGUCCCCGGUGGGACCGGCUAUCAGACUGCCGGGCUGGUCCUCAUCCUCUCAGGCUGUGUCUCUGAGGUUGCUCCUGCGCCUGACACCCAGCUCUGCGUUUCGUCACCCACUGUGCGCUCUGCAGCCACUGCUUUCCUUUCUUUCCAGUCCAAGCAAAGGAGAAAAGGGUCUGAGUUUUGCUCUCUGAUCUUAGGUGCAGCUUUUAAUUGUUUCAAAAUCUUAGACCCUGUUCACUGAAAAACAUGCAUCUCAGGUGUGAACAAUAGGGAAAAGUCGAUGAAAUGACAGUUUGGAGAUCAGUCGUGCCGGCGGCAGUGUUAGUGCUGUGUUAGCUGCUGCUCCAGGGUCCCCUGCUGGUGUCUACAGCCAUCUCAGCAGGAAGCACGCACGCCCUGCUGUCCCCACACCCUGAUAAGGAUAACGUGGUGGCAUCAGUGAGACAUGAGCCCGGUGCUCCACUUAGGAUGUAUCAGUGACAAAGGCCUUUUGACUUUUUUCUGGCCUAGGGGCUCUUGAAGUAAACACCCCAGAGCUGGAUGGAGUGAAGCAGGUCUUUGUUUCUUGAGGAAUGCACUUCAGUGCCUGCCGUGGUGCUGUGGUUUGUCCUGUCACUGUCAUCCUUGAGAGGAAAACCAAUGCCCUUCCCUCUCUGCCCUGCUUACUAGCAGACAAAAGCUGUCAUUCCUUCCCAGGUCCUUGAUUUUAAUCCCGAAGCCUGACCACAAUUUCUUGCCAGGCCAGGUGACUCUCAUGCCAUCUGGGUGCGUGUUGCUCUUGGUUGUUUCUUGAUCUUAAGGAGAAGAACAUUGGCACGAAGUCAGAGGUAGCAAUGGGAAAGUUUGGGAUCAGAAAAGAUGAGUCCUGUUUUGCAGACAUUCUUUUAUUCUGUUCUUGGUCGGUUGGCAUGUGUGUUGUAGAGCUCACUCUGUUAGUAACAGGACAUGCUUUUCAUGAUGUAUGUUUUUUCUUUGGAAAAUGAAGUGUUUCUAACAAGUGAAUGAGAUGGAAGACUAUCUUGAGACAACUGUAGCUGAUGCAGAAUAUUCAAAACUCAGUUAUAACAUUUGCACAUUUUUGUAGAAAUCCUUUUUUUUUGGUUUGCUAGAUCAGACUGAAUGAGGGAGCUUCCCUGCAGCCUGCAGGACUCUGGCCCGUAGCUGGGUAGAGUGGAUGAGUUAGGGCUAGCUGCCGCUGUGCUGGAGGCCGGCAGGACUUCAGGCAGAGGUUGACCCAGGAAGGUUCAGUGCAGAACUUUGCGUUGCCCCACCUCUGGGAGGAGUUUCCAAAACCUUUCACUUGACCUUGAACAAAAACCAGUUCCAUCGUGCUUCUGCUGACCCUCUGGAGUGAGCAUAUGAGUGAAUGACUGGAGGCUUUUUUGGUGCUUUUUUCUUGCUUUUGAGAAGCAAGAAGAGAGUCAGGGACGAACCUUUGUGAUUGGAGAAAGGCAUGCAUUGUUUCUUUCACACCUGCCCAGCUGAUAGGCCAACAGCAUCCAGUGAAGAGCUCAGUUGGUAAAAUCUGAAAGUGGAUUUCUGGAAGUUCCUUUGCGGUGCAGCAGGUUAAGGAUCUGGCUUUGCCGAGGCUGUGGUGCAGGUCGAAACUAGCUCGGGUUCAGUCCCUGGCCCAGGAACUUUCUACAUGCCACAAGGGACACCCAAAAAAUUUUAAAAAUGAAAGUGAACUUCUGAUGGUCUAAAUGGGUUAGUCUCCCAUGUUAUCUUGCUUUGCUACAAAAUUUUAAAACUAGAAGUGUGCAUUUGUGUCCUUUAAAAGAUUAUGCAGAACUGUUCUGCUAAGAACGUGAACAUGUAGCCAUGAAUCUAGGGUUUUAUUAAUCGGGACUGAGCCUCUUGGGGCAGUAAGGACUGAAAUAUCGCUUCAGAAGUUAAGGUUGAGAAGUUCCCUGGUGGCCUAGCAGGUUAAGGAUCCUGGCCUUGUCAUUGCUGUGGCUCAGGUGGCUGCUGUGGUGUGGGUUUGAUCCCUGUUCCAGGAACUUCCAUGUGCCACCGGUGUGGCACAAAAAAAAAAAAAAAAAGCUAAGGUUGACUUAAGCAUAUCCAAGAACAUAUUUUAAUUGGAGUUAGAAAUUAUUUAAUAUGCAUACAGAAUCUUUUGUAUUUUAUCUCAUGGAAUUUCUAAGUUAUCAGCCUUGCUGAAUUUCAGGAGUAAAAGAAACUGGUAGCACCUUGUUUUAAAGCAACCAAUCAUAGGAGUUCCUGGUGGCCUAGUGGUUAAGGACUCAGCAUCGUCACAGCUGUGGGUCGCAUUUGGUCCCUGGCCUGGAAACGUCCCACGCCGUGGGUGUGGCCAAAAAAAAAAAAAUGUACAUUGCUGCUUGACUCAAAUCAUCUGUAAAGCCAAAUAAAAGGAGAUCUUGUCAGGAAACAUUACCUUCCAAGCUUGGCACCUGCUUUUAGAAAGGGGAAGUGGGCGUUCCCGUCGUGGCUCUGUAGAAACGAAUCUGACUAGGAUCUAUGAGGAUGCAAGUUCAAUCCCUGGCCUCGCUCAGUGGGUUAAGGAUCCGGUGUUUCUGUGAGCUGUGGUGUAGCUCGCAGAUGCUGCUUGGAUCUGAUGUGGCUAUGGCUGUGGUUUCAACCCCUAGUCUGGGAACCUCCAUAUGCCCUGGGUUCGGCCCUAAAAAGACAAAACAAAAAAGGGGAGGUGGAAGAGAGGUUGAAGAAACCAAAAUAGUUGGCAGGGUAGGUGGGAUUUAGAUGGCACCUGGGUUUUGCACCAAAGUUUCAAAUACAAACAAAUAAAAAGGAGGACCCCUUGCAAGACAACUUAGGAAGGACUUGCCAGAAAGUAGCAGCUCCUGCUGCACACAAUACAGUGCCUUCAAAAUGAUUCUCUGUGUGAAUUGCAUGCAAUUUCAUGUAACCAUAAAGUGUAACCUGUAUGUGCAUGACAUGUGUCUAGAAUGUGUAAAGUUCAACUUGAGCAGAGAAGGGGCCCAGCCCUGUGGCUCUGAUGGAUCAGCCAGUCUGCCGAAGUCCUUGGACUUAACGUGACUUAGGUCUGCGGCAUCAGAGCCCUGUGUUUGCAUUAAGCAACCAUAUCACUGAAAUCGGAUCAUUUCUCCCUUUCUACUUUCUUUCCUACUUUGCAGCUUUGCUGGUUUUAACUGCUUUCACUCUUCUGCUUCUAGGUAUCCUUCCUUGUUUUGAAAUAAAAGAUGAAAUACU